UAAUAACAUAUAAAUUCCUAGAGACUCAAACUAAAUUGCUGCAUUUCACACUGACCAAAGAGGUUAGCUAAUUAAAAAUUUUCUGCAAAACUGAAACCAGUGCACAUGUUAAAAGCUUCAUCAUCACAUGCACAUGACAUCUUCAAUGGCUUCUAUAAGUAUUUGGUUCACCCCUAAGUCACACAGCACCUGGCAUAUACAACAAUGGGUGUUAUGAGGAGAUCAAAUGGUUACUCAAAGAUGAAUAAGGAAGACCCACAAGACAUUAUCCAUCGACGAGCUCAGUUCUUGAUCUACAAGGUGAUGGAUCAAGCUGAUUGUAGAAGAAAACCAUCGUUCCUAGGAAUGAGAUUGUGUAGGCUAAAGGUGAAGAUUGGAGCAAGGUUGAAGAAGCUAAGGAAGUGUGGUGGCGUUUAUAAGCAGGUGGUUGAUGGAUUGAAAAUUUGGAGACGCUUGUUUAACAACAACAACAACAACAAGAAGCGUGGUGGUGGUGGAACCAUUAAUGCCACCCUUCCUCGUCCUUUGUUCACUUGAUAUACACAUGCAUACGUUGUGGUUUUCUCGAUUUUGCAGUGAGAAAUUUUGAUUGUUUUCAUUUUUUUUUAUCAAGUGUUGGACUUGGCAUUAUUUCUUUUUGUUGAAUGCCAAUAUCAGGGUUUUCAGAAUUUAUGGUGAAAAUAAGAUUUUGUGAAA